GCAAGCGGUGCUCGGCGCUGCGCUGGUGGCUCCUGAGUUGGAGAGGCCUGAUUUAGGCCGGCCGCACAUUGAGCACAGCACAGCCCAGCAUAGCACAGCAGAGGAAAAUGUGUUGCUCACCGCAUAUUGAACGGAGUCAUUUUGCUUCCAUGUGUGCAGUUUUCGGUUGUAAAUGAUGUUUGCUGUUAAUGACCCAUAUUUAGAUUCUGAAUCAGAAUCGGAUUCAGAAAUUGACACUCUGAUAUUAUUAUACAGUAUAGCUAAAAAACGUAAAAAGUCUGUAUGGAUGAAUGAUUAUUUAAAGAAAAGGAAUACUCAUGGGGAAUUUAACCUGCUGGAAGAACUAAAUGAUGGCCAAGUGAAAAUGUAUUUUCGUUUAAAUAAAAAUCAGUUUGACGAGCUUCAUAAUCUUGUGAUCAAUGAUAUUACAGGACAUGGAUGUAAUGCACAACAGCCUAUUGAAAGUGAACUAAUGUUAGCGGUGUGUUUAAGGUAUCUGGCAACAGGAGAUACAUUCAGAAGUAUCGGAUUUUCUUACAGAAUAGGAGAAAGAACAGUUUCUAAAAUAGUCACUGAAGUGUGUAAAGCAAUUUGGAAAAACAUGCAGCCAUUAUAUAUGCCAAAUCCAACAAUAGAUAUGUGGAGAAAAGUCGCAGAAGAAUUUGAGAGAAAAUGGCAAGUCUACAACUGUUUGGGGACAAUUGACGGAAAACAUGUAACGAUAAAAAAACAGCCUAAAAGUGGAUCGUCAUUUUUCAAUUAUAAACAGUACUGCUCUAUCGUCCUAAUGGAUACUGUAGAUGCAAAUGAUAAAUUUACCUCAAUUGACAUAGGUUCAAUGGGCCGAUUUAGUGAUGGAAAUGUAUUUUCAAACAGCGGUUUAGGGAUGAAGCUUAGCAACGGCACGUUAGAAAUACCACCACCUAAGUCUCUACCUGGUGAAGAAUUCGAUAUACCAUAUGUUUUUGUAGGCGAUGAAGCGUUUCCCUUGACCAAAAAUUUAAUGCGACCUUUUCCAAAACGUCAAGUUAAUAAUAACUAUAGGAAUAAGGUGUUUAACUAUAGGUAAAUAUACACAGAGCCAAAUUUUUAUGGAAUUACCAUGUUAUUUGGGG